AAUGCAAACCCCCAAUUAAGAAAUUCACACUUGAAGCAAACUAUUUACAACAUUAGACUUGUUUUCCAAAAUGUUUUUGACACUGUUGAUCUGCGCUUUGGAAAUUUUGACAAAUCUUAGCCCAGCUUCGGCACAAUAUGAUGGUCCACCCCUUCCUCCACCAGAGACAACCCAACUCGGAUACGUGGAUGGGAAAUCGUAUUACUACAACGAUUCACAAAUUAUGGACUGGCAAUCUGCGAGUCAGUUCUGCCAAUCAUUCGGUUGGAGACUUGCUGAAAUCAGGACACAAGCCCAGCACGACUUUUUUGUCGCUAAAUCCCAAAAUGAAGGAUUUAUAGGGCAAUAUUGGCUUGGUGCGAGAGACUCUUCCACGGUUGGGCAGUAUUCUUGGGACGGGAUUGACUGGUCACGUGACAACAGAUUGAAGAACUUUGGACAGCAAAUAUUAUUAUAUCACCAACCUCAGAUGUGCCUGCUUUUCGAAUCCUACGAUUUGGGAGCAGGGUACAAGAGGAGUUAUUGGUCUACACAGCCUUGUGUAGGAUCCUCGGCGGCCAUCUUGUGUGAAAAUAUCCCGAGAAUCAAUUACUAUAAAUUUUAAGAGUGUCUUAAUUGAGGCAAAAAUUAAAAUUAGGAUUGUUCAUAUUUGAUUAUAUUUAAAUCUUGGAAAUUAAGAGCUGGUUCUUACAACUAUCUAAAUAAAUAAACCGUAGCAACAAAAUGCAGCAAUAGAUCCCCCAAGAA